GCUGAUUGAUUUGUAGAUGUUUGACUACUUGUUCCCUCUCAAGCGAGGACGAGUCGCUCUCUUACACGCAGAGAUGAGCACCCGCGCCCGCACCACCAUGCUCGAAGCAUUCACAGACGCCACCACCGAGGGUAAACGCGGCGUCCCUAUCCGUAAGCAGAAAAAGAACUAUCAAUACCUGAUCGGCACAACACCGCUCCUAAGCAAAGGCUUGCAGUUGACGCGCGCCAGCACCCUCGUCCUCAUGGAGCCGGACCACGAGUUCUUCCGAGAGCUGCAGGGCUACGCGCGCAUCAAUCGUAUCGGGCAGAAGAAUCCUGAGACCUACACGUACAGACUCAUAGAUGAGGGGAGUGAGAUCGAAAUGAGCAUUCUGAAGAGGCAGGCGGAGAGGGGCGAGUUCCCGGGGCAGUUCAGGCAACAACAUGUCUGGGAACGGCGCAGUGCUCCGGAUGAUGAAGAACCUAUUAGCGAGUCAGAAGUGACAGAGUAUCCAUAUAGUCACAGUGGAGGUGAGACGUCUGGACAGAAGUUGGCGGGGCAUGAACCGAGUGUUAGGAGAAAAUCUGGACUGUCGGAUCUGAGGAGUGCAUCGGAUUCUGGAGAGAGCCGUUAGGAUUCAGCAUCUUGGGAUGGGAAUACGGUUAUUUCUGCAAUUUUGGUUAACGGGAGUAAUGAUUUUGGGACUGUUGAUGUUGUUGUUGUUAUUGACAUUGUAGUAAUGUAAGGUAGAAGCAGAAGUCGCAACUUUCAGACACGUAAAAGG